GCUUUCCGGAAGACGGAGAGGAAGGCCAGUGAGGGAGAGUGGAAGAGACAGGGAAAGACAGACAGAAACAGCGAUGUGAGAGAAACAUCAUUUGGUUGCCUCCUGCACAAACCUGGACCCAGGCUGGGGAGGAGUCUGCAACCAAGUAGGUCAUAAUGGCAGAAGAAGAAAUUAAUGAAGACUAUCCAGCAGAAAUCCAUGAGUAUUUAUCAGCGUUUGAGAAUUCCAUUGGUGCUGUAGAUGACAUGCUGAAGACCAUGAUGUCUGUUUCUAGAAAUGAGUUGUUGCAGAAGUUGGACCCACUUGAACAAGCAAAAGUGGAUUUAGUUUCUGCUUACACAUUAAAUUCAAUGUUUUGGGUUUAUUUGGCAACUCAGGGCGUUAAUCCUAAGGAACACCCAGUAAAGCAGGAAUUGGAAAGAAUCAGAGUAUACAUGAACAGAGUCAAGGAAAUAACUGACAAGAAGAAGGCUGCCAAGCUGGACAAAGGCGCAGCUUCAAGAUUUGUGAAAAAUGCCCUCUGGGAACCAAAACCUAAAAAUGCAUCCAAAGUUGCCAGUAAAGGAAAAAGUAAAAAAUAACCUUCUGGUUUUGAUGUACACAUGUUCAAAAAGUACAUCAUUUUUAUUGUUUAACACAAAAUAGAUGGUGAUUAUGUGGCAAUGCAAGGUUUUAAUGUAUUCCUUAUUGAAUUCAUAUAUAAAAUUUACAUUUGAAUUUGUAAUGCUAAAUACAUUUCCCCCCAGAAAGAUGAAGUUAUCUUUAUUGAUUUUCCUAUAGCGUACUGUGAGGUUUUUAACAUUGUGGUAUAUUUUAUAUUUAUAGUUUACCAUCUCUCUUGACAGGACUCUUGUUUCCUUGUAUAGGUCAACCUUUCAAGUACUAUUUUAUAAGCAACUAUGAAAUUUAAGUUAAAUGUUCUCUGUAAACAUUUGUCUAUUUUAAAUGAAUAAUGACUUUAUGAAGUAUGCUUUCUGAAGUCUGAAGUUAUAAAUACAUCUGUUUUCACUAUAUACAAGAAAAAGUGAAAUGACUUAAAUGUGUUUUUUUUAUGUGUAGUUAUUUCAUCAUGUUUUCAUGAUUAUGGGAAUUGCUUCUUUUGAUAUUUGAAGUGUGAAUUUAAGACUUUAAGGUUAUACUUUAACUUUUGGCACUCUGCCUAUAUGUCCCAUUUGAAGUAAAAUAUAUUCUCAUUAAUUGUGGAUGGGAAAUGAAGUUGUAAUUGAUGGCUGAAUUUGGGCAUAAUGGCUACAUCCUAUCAAUAAAGGCUGUAAGUGUUGUGUAGCUGACCUGUUUAUUCUUCUCUUUUGAGUAAAUUUGCCCUUGAAAGUGGGAAAAUAGGUUUUAGAAAUCAUUAGGAAUAGAGAGAUUCAUGAGUUUUGUUCCUGAUGUAUAGUGCCCACAGUUCUAUCGGUCUCACUUUUCAUGUUUGAUUACAUGUUUUUGAGGCCAUGUCAAGUACAUACAAGCAUUUUGGAACAACUUUCUAUGUUAACUUCCACUUAAGCAGAGGAGAAAGCUAAAAUGAUAUUUUAUUGUGUUUAUAUUCUGAUUUAUUGAAAUAUUUGUUAUAGAUAAUUCUAAUAUUAAAAUUAUUUUUAUGGCUAAGCCUAUGAAUUUUAAUUAUAUUCCCUUAAUGUUUUCAGUCUUUGAAUCCACAUCAUGUGUAGGAAUGCCAAAUACAGUAAAGUACUUUAAUUUUUGUAAAAGAAGUUGUUAAAAUUUUCUGUGUGAUUAAUUUUCCAUAAGUAACCUUGAAUAAAUGGAUUUCUUGAUUUAUGGUAGCAGAUAUUGGAAAUGGUCUUAAAAACUAAUGGAUUUUGUAAAGCAUGUUGAACUCUUUCUGUGACAUGAAGAGGAAGUCUCUGAUAGAUACAGAGAGUCUUCUGGCUCAGAUGUCAGACAAUUUUUGAAGUGGGAGAACAUUUAUAGUUAUUUCAUUUUUUCCUCUUUCAUUCACAUUUUUGGCUUAUUUUUAAAAUGCUUUAUGAAAGAUAUGUGUUAUUAAAAUUAAGUGCAGUGUACAUGCCUUAUUUAUUGCAAAGAAACUUAUAACUUGCAUUUCUGUAUGUUUCUAAUUUCAUAAAGAAAAAAAAAUUGUAGAAAAUCAUUAGCCAAAUUAUAGGUUUGUAAAUGUCCAACUUUAUAUUGUUAAAUUGGAGAUUCUUAGGUGAAUAAUUUUUUUCAGUGUUUACUAGUAGAAAUAAAAAACAGUUUGAGUUUUGCCCAGUGUGGCUCAGUUGGUUGGAGCAUUGUUCCAUACACAAAAGGUCACGGGGUUCAAUUUCAGGUCAGGGCACAUACCUAGGUAUCAGGUUUGAUCCUUGGUCAGGGUGCUUACGAGAGUGUGUAUGGGAGGUAACUGAUCCAUGGUUUUUUCUUUUACAUCAAUAUUUCUCUCCCUCUCCUUCCCCCUCUCUCUAAAACCAAUAAAAACAUCCUCAGGUGAGGAUUAAAGAAAAACAGUUUGAGUGUAUCUCACUUUAUUUUAUAUAAUUUUAAAUACUUCACACAUAAAAAGGAGCUGAAUAAUAGGAGUGCAUUGGGUUGCUUAUUUGUUUAUUCAUUUCACAUAUACGUAAUGAUAUUUCCAUUGCCAAACACUGCUGGGUCCUAAAUAAGACGAUUUCAGCCUUUGUUCUAUUUUUAUAAAGUGUUUGAAAAAAGUAGUCUUUUUGUUCAAUUCAGAUUUUCAGUUACUGGAAAAUAAUGACAAAUUGUGCUCAUUAACCUUAGUCAGAACCAUAAAGGGUGAGGGGUUGAUCUCUUUGACUCUGGUACUGUUACUGUUAACACGGUUUGUUCCAAAUGGCAGUCUGCUCUAAGUUUAGAUGUUAAUUACACCUUUUAUUAAUCUCCUUGGGAAUUAAUAAGUCGGGGAGGUUAUAGCUAUAGAUAUUUUUAAGGCUAGAAUUAUAGACUAUUAAUCUAAUACUAAAUAAUGAGAUUUUGUCUUUUAAUAUUAUUUUAAGUACAAUUUUCUUGUUCAUAGUUGCAGGAUGAGAAUUCAUUUUAGUAAAGUAGAAUACGUUAAGAGGAAAAUCGAAGCUUGAAUUAUGGUUUACAUUCCUGGAAUUAGGAGGUUAUGGCAAAUUGAUUGGUUUUUAAAAUACCCUAUAGAUUAAAAAAUUGUUCUACUUAGCUGUUAGGAGUGGGUUGGCAUUAUUUCUAAAUAAGACUUUGAAAAUUAGCUACAAAUGUAGCCGGAAAUGCUUCAAAACAGCCAUGCAUUGAAGACAGAUACCGUUUCCUUUUUUAAAAAAUAUAUUUUUAUUGAUUUCAGAGAGGAAGGGAGAGAGGGAGAGAUAAAGGAACAUCAAUGAUGAGAGAGAAUCAUUGAUUGGUUGCCUCCUGCACACCCCACAGUGGACUGAGCCCACAACUCGGACAUGUAUCCUGACUGGGAAUCGAACUGUGACCUCCUGGUUCGUGGGUUGAUGCUCAACCACUGAGCCUUGCUGGCUGGACCAGAUACUGUUUUCUUAAGUAGGUCAUUGGAAUAAAAGAUGUUUUAGGAAUCACUCAGUUAUGAUACAGUUAAACUGUAAUUUUAUGCAAAAAUAAUCAAAUUUUGGCUUUACAAAGUGAUAUUAACUAAGAUUUGAACAGUGAUUCUGAUCCUUAUGUAAUAGCUAAGUUUGAUGUAUAAAGGGAAGGAAAAAAGCACUGUCAUCUCAUUUCCCCCCUCCUUAGCAUACUUACUAAACUUGUUCAGAUAAAUUCAGUGGCUCUUGGACCAAAUGAGCUUGAUAGCAUCCACAGUUGUUUUUUUCCUCACUUGCAGUCUCAUUUAUAUAAAUGUGGUGUGCUUUCCUAAUAAAAACAUUUCCUUUCCCCUA